CUCGAUCCUAGCUAUUGUCUGAAGAAUGAAAACAGGAAGCUUAGCAGUCACACAUGUAUGCAGUCAGCAGUAAAAGCAUUAUUUCGGCUGGUGUCAGGUGAAACUCUUUUAUGAACCUACUAUGGCAUCAAGACUUCAUCAGAAAAGUGUUCACAAGAGGAACCCGAGUCAGUGCAAGCUGGCAGGAGUCACAUUGCUGAGCCCCCUGGGUGAGAUCCAGGUAACUGGAUGUGAAAAUGGCGUGCACUGCAUACAGCUGCAAGAGGACGCUACACCUGCAGAAAGGACUGGAGUGGCCUCAUUUGCUUGUGUGGUAUGCAAGGGCCAGGAGGACAUGACAGCGCCAUUGAAAGAGUGUACUGACUGGCUCCAUGCCUAUUUCUGCGACCCUGGAACAACAGAGAAACUUCCAUUCCCUGCCUUUCACCACCCCAUUUUUCACGAAGCUACAUUCACCAGACAAGUGUUACAGACCCUGCUGAGGGAUGUGAAAUUUGGAGAAACAGUCUCUUACAAGCACUUAGCAGAAAUGGCAGGCAAUUCGAAAGCAGUGCGGGCUGUGGGAGGAGCGAUGAGAAAGAAUCCUGUGCCUCUUAUCGUUCCUUGCCACAGAGUGAUCUCUAAUAAUGGAAACAUUGGUAACUAUAUGGGAGGGAAAGGGAAUCAUCUGAAACAAUGGCUCCUGACACACGAGAAGCUCUCCCAUGGAAAAAAAACCAAGGCAUCUUUAUGCAGUUCACCCUCACAGCUGUAACUCAGUUGAACAUAUUACUAAACAUACUUGAAAUAUAACAAGUUUCUGAACAUGCUUCAGCAUUCAGGAAACCUGUAAAUAUUUGAGUGACAUAAAAACAUAAUACAACAUCGGAAGUGAAAUAUGUGGUGGCACUACUAUAUUAAAAAAGCCAGCUAUAUCCUGAGGGACAGAGCUUAUAUGCCCUUUCUUGUUUUUACAUUUUACAGCAGUAUGAGUGCAGCAGACUGAGCCUGUUGUGUGCAUUUUGUUCCUGUCUCCAGCCCUGUUUUGUUCUAUAUUUAAUGCCCAUGAAGGCAAGGAUAAGAGGGAGGGGGUAGAGAGAGAGAGAGAGAGAGAGAGAGAGAGGAGGGGCAUGGCAAAUGUUAAACACAACUACCCCUUUAAGGAAGCAUCUGGUUUGCAGAGAGGACAGCCGGCAAUCUGGGGCUUUGCACGUUACUGGGAGCAAAAUGAAAUUGAAAAGCUUCAGCACCCCCCCCCCCCCCCCCCCCUUUUGAUUCCUUUCUUGCUUUUUCAUUUGCCCAGAUUGUAAAGCUGUACCUCAACCAAAACUGUGCUCAAGGUUCUGCCAUGUUCUUUGAAGUUCCAACUGAUGAAAUGUUGUUUUACAUGCAUGAACAUGUGCUAAUGGAUCCACUUACAAAGAUACUUAUUUAAAAUGACUGCGCUGAGAUUUAUUUUGUUUAUUAUUUUUUUUUAUCUUUCAAAUGCAGAGAUUUUUUAUUUUUUUCCCCAACGUGAAAUGUAAAAAAGAAUGUCAUGUUUCAGUGGAAUUAUUUGUAUAAAGAAAGAUUCUGUGUGAACUAAAUUAUUUAUAUCUUGUAUUCUUCACUGCCAUUUUUUUUAUUUUGGGUUAUGUUAUCUUUGCUUGAAGAAAAAAAUGUACAUUUUUUUAAACUCAAUUGCAUUAAACAUAAAACAUGUUAGAAUUAAACAUGUGUUUAUUGUAAAUCAGAAUUAAAAAAAUAAAAAAAUUCAAUCAAA